UGGCACAAAUGCGCGACGAACGGCGCCGAACGCGGAUUGGGUUUUCUGACGCAUUAAACGAGAUUGAACGCGCGGGGUUAUAGUGUAAUACCAAACGCGGCACAAAUGCCGCUUGCAAACCAUAUACGUCCGUGAUAUUUUUAAGUGAAUAAUCAUCGAAAAUAGCGAUAGUGUAUCGGUAGUGUAUACGACAAGUGUAUUAUCGUGAUUGGUGUAAGAAAGAACGCAGAGAAGGACACAUCAAGAAAGAGCUGGACCAAACCUCGUAGAUUUUUACGUCUCUCCCUCUUUCUUUCUCUCUUUCUCUCUCUGUUUCUCUCUCUCUCUCUCUCUACUUUCUUAACACAAAGUUCUAGAAAACCAAAUCAAAAAUGGGUUGCGCCUCGCAGUGUGCCAAGUACUUUCUGUGCUUCUUCAACUUCGUAUUUUUCGUCGCUGGCGGAGCAGCAUUGACCGUUGGUAUCUGGUUAUUCGCCGACAGGAACUCCUUCACGAACCUCAUCGCCAAACUCGACCAGUCCGAUAUUCUGACCAAAACGGAUACCGAUGUCAUAAAAAUGAUGUCUUACAUCCUGAUCAUUGCCGGUGCCCUCACGUUCAUCGUUAGCUUUUUGGGAUAUUGCGGAGCAAUGUUCGAAUCUAGAUGUCUCCUCUGUGUCUACGGCGUCCUUCUUUUAUUGGUUUUGGUUCUGGAAUGUGUGGUGGUUGGCCUUGCGUUUGGACUAAAAGGAGACGCGGAAAAGGGUACACAAAGCUUCCUGAAGUCAACGAUCAAGUAUUACGCAGCUAGCGUGGACCAGACCGAAACCGUGACAGUCGCAUGGGAUGGCAUUAUGACCCAGCUCCAUUGUUGCGGUGUUGAAAGUUAUUUGGAUUUUCACGAAAGCACAAAUUGGACGAAGACCAACAAAGUGGUCCCGGAAUCUUGUUGCAUAAAAGAGAACGGCGAGCUGAAAGAUCGCUCGUGUCCUCUCAAUCCUACGUCAUCGAACUCUUAUUAUCAAACGGGUUGUUACAAAGCGAUAAUAACCGCGGUAGAAGAAAACGCCGCAAUAGUUAUAGGAGUUGCAGCUGGUUUAGCCUUGGUCGAAAUCCUGGUUAUUAUAUUGGCCCUAUACCUGGCAUGUAUCUACUGGCGUCCGCAACAUGGUAGGCUCGAUGUUUAACUUCAAUUUUUAAUCUUUAUCGAUGCGUAGAACCGUCUGGCAAGGAGUAACUUCGGCAGCAGAACGUUAAGCUUUCCUUUUUCCUUUGAGGAGCUCAUGAUUGCCUCCUGUGUAUAUACAUGGCUUUUGUUUCCCAUGCGGUGGUAAUACAAUUCUACCAUCGACUACCAUCGUGUUACAUCUUGCACCGCUGUGUUGCAAUGUGCAUCGAAUAUAUUUAAUGCAACGAAAAUUCUCCGACGAUCGCAUGACGAGAUGUAUAUUUGCUACAUUGGUUAUUUCAAUGUGGGAGAAUAUUGAAUAUGAUAUAUUUCUAUCAUUAUACCUGUAUGCCAAAUUAAUCGCGCGACUUUCUCCAUAAAAAUCGUUUAUGCAUUCUCUAUGGAAUAUCCAUAAAUGAUUUCAAUAUUUUUACACGAGUAAAAAUCUCUCUCUCUCUUUCUCUCUUUCUCUCUCUCUCUCUCUCUCUCUCUCUCUCUCUCUCUAUUAUUCACGAUAGGCAAUAUACUCCAUACAGUUACUACUCCAUUCUAUACGUGAUAUUAUUCGUCGAGAGAUUUUUGUGAAUUAAAAAACAAUUUAUACAAAUUUUUUCUAUAACUCCUUUUCAAGAACAUUAGAUGCUUUGAGCGCCAACGUAGAGAACCUAAGUAUUACGCGAUUAUUUUAUAUGUAUUUUUUUAAAUAAAUAAUAUACUUUUAUAUAUAAAAUGUCAAAGAGAAAUAAUCUUAAAUUGAUACGUGACCAUCCAUUUUUGCAUGAACCACUUUUACAAUAAAAAAAAGCAUUGCAACGAUAUUCCUUAAAUAUAUUUUUAUGAUACACGUGGGUAUAAUAUGAUUAAUAAAUUGAUGCCGCUAUGUUAUUAUGUUGUGCAUCAUAAAUUAACAGUUAACAAAAUUGCUCUGUGAUUUUAUAUAUAGAGUUUAAUGCGGUAGUAAACAUUUACAGAAAACAAACAUUCUUUUAGCUUGCGUAGAUGUAUCAUCAAGACAAGCCUGGUGAGAGAAGUGGUGAGAUGGGGAUGUGAUGGUUUGGUGAAAUUUGGUUUCAAGUAAGAAGUGGUGAAGAUAUUGAUUAAACAAUUGACUUCUUUCCAUGCCUCUUCUCUAAACAAUGCCGAAUCUGUUGCCAAUUUUCUAAUUCUUACAUCAUUUUUCUAUGUAUAUUUUUCUUAAGGCAUGAUAUAGCUUUGCUUCAUAUCUUUGCAUGAUCAUGCUAUAAUCAACUAUACCAAAGUGGUGAUAGAGGCCUGAUUGCAUUGAGAAAAUAAUUAGACGAAUGACUAUUUCCUUUCAUGUGCUUAGUCACAUUUAAUGAUAAUUAUGCCAAUUAAGAAAUCAUGCAAUCAUGCCUUCGGUUUCAGUUAUGGUUCAAAUGUAAUUUAGUAUUUUUCAUUUGAUAUGUAUUUGAUAUUUCUUAGCACAAAUUACCAAGUAACUACGUAUGUAUAAUAUCUGAUUAAAUAAUUCUUAUAAUAGAUAAUUAUUGCAAAGAAAAUAACAUUUCAUUAAUUGUGCAUAUGUUUAGAUAUUCACAAUAUAGUUUAUAUAUUUUAUUAUUCACGAUCUUUCUUUUCAAAGUAAAAUAUCGUUUUUUAUCAGAGAUUAUGCUUAAAUAUAGCGAAUACAUAUAAAUGCUAAACGACGUAUUAAAUACAAUAUAGAGGAUACAUGAAAAAGAAAUAUGUACAUAUAUAUUCUUUUUGAAAUUAUUAUUAUUAUAGUAGGUAAUAGUUUUAAUUGUAUUAAGAAAAUAACAAAAGUUACUGCCUAUUUUUCUAUCUAUUAAAAUGUUACAUGAUAAUUCAACCAAAGUGAUCAAUUUCAGCCGUUCAGAUAUAUCUAUUUCAAAAAUGAAUAUAGUCUAUACUUUUUGUAUUGAUAAUUUGUGCUAGUAUAUCCGUAUUAUUUUAACCAUAUUAUAUAAAUUAUAUGUAUGUAUACUAUAAAAAGUUAUAAAUACAUAAAGGGAUCAGUGGAAAAAAAAGGAAUCAUAAGUUAAAUUAUUAAGACAAAUGCACACUUUGAUUUGUAAUAAUCUAACAAAAAUUUGUGCGAAUUUACGUAAAUAUUAUAAUUAAUUAUAAUUCAGUUUUUUGUUAUAUUCAUGAUUUCAAUGGCAUGUUAAUGUAUUUUAUAAAAUGAGUAUACGUACAUAAAAUUAUGAUACUAAGUCAACAUAAAUCUUUCAAAAAAUGCACUUUCUACAUACUAAUAAUAGUUCAUACCGCACACUCUAAGCAUUUUCGUUUCCAGUGUUAACUUGUUGGUGCUGCUGCUGACGAGGCAUUAAGGGCAUGGAACUGUUGAGUAGUGCCUCCUAGCAUACGCACGUUGAGCCAUUAGAAGUCCUGUGCCUUGCUUGCUUGAAACGUUAGGUGCUAGCCAGAUUUAGGCUAGUCUAAACGUCGGCUGACAGAAAUGAAUCCUGAUUGUAGAAUGACCACAGAUAUUUGUCAAAUCAUACUUAACAGUGAUGUAGGAAGUUGAUUAUAAUAUAUUCGUUUUUUAAAGUUUUUUUUCAUAAUGCAAGAAAAAAAAGUAAAACAUCAAAUGUUAGAUUUUAUAAAUUCUAGUAAAUUUGUUUCAAAGAUCAAUUGUGAAGUAUAAAAUAUUAUAUUAUUUCUGAAAAUACUACUUAUAAAAAAUCAAUGUGUAUAUAUAUAUAUAUAUAUAUAUAUAUAUAUAUAUAUAUAUAUAUAUAUAUACACAUACAUAUAUAUACAUAUAUUUUUCUUUUUUAUUGAAAAACUCCUAUAUUACUGUAUAUUAUUAUCAUUUUAUGAUAUGUUGUUAAUUGUUUAAUAAUUAUUAGUAUACAAACAUUUAAAAUCAUUUAUCAAGAAAUAUAAUAUAAUAAUGCGAUCAUAGCAAUAUACUUUUAAUUCUGUAUUCUAUUUGUGCUAUUGAUAUAUCAGUAUGCACACAUAUUUAAAGAUAUAAAAUUUUUUAUCAUUUGUCCUGAUGCAGAAUAUUAUUGGAUUAUGUUGUUUCUAAAGAGAAGAAAAAAAAACAAUUUAUAUGAAGAUUUUAAGUGUAUGUAUCUAAAACGUGUAGCCUUUAUUAUGUUGCUUUGCCUAUUUUGAGAUUAUUUCAAAUGUUCAUGUAUUGAAAAAAAUGUUUAAGUGUACAGUAGCCAGUUCAUUGCAUUUAGGCAGGUCUUUUCAUUUCAUCCGUACUAAUUUUUCAUCGCUAACAAUUUGAACACGUUUCCGAAAAAAAAAAAAAAAUAGUAUCAAAAAGUUAUUGAAAACAUUAUAAUCUAUCUAUGUAGUGCUUA